CGCUAAAAUAAAUUUUUUUCUAAUGAAUCCAGAUUUGGGUGUUAACCUUUCUCCGUCUUUCGCUGUGAAAUUUUGUAAUAUUGAUGAAAAUAUUGGAGAGAUUUGUGAUUCAAAGCUUUGUACAGCUACAUUUAUAGAGCAAGGGAAAAUUCUUGUUUUAAAAGGCGGUGUAAAUUUACAAAAACAUUUACAUUUUUAUCAAUGGUUUCGUUUUGCCAAACAAUUUUUAUCAUUCCGGCCCAUUAGCAAACAAGUUCUUGUUUGUGGAUUAAUGGUUAUUCUCGAUGUUGGCGCUGGUAGUGGAAUUCUUUCAUUUUUUGCUGCUCAGGUCGGUGCAAAGAGGGUUUAUGCCGUUGAGGCUUCUUCUAUGGCUGAUAGCUGCAAAUCUCUUGUCUCUGCGAAUGGUUUAAAUGAUGUAAUUAAAGUUAUAACUGGAAAGAUUGAGGAAAUUGAGUUGCCUGAAUCCGUUGAUGUUAUUAUUUCUGAGCCUAUGGGUUAUAUGUUGGUAAAUGAGAGAAUGUUGGAAAGCUAUUUAUUUGCUAGGAAAUUUCUUAAAGAAGGAGGUUUGAAUUUAUUUUUUUAUUCAUGUACUAAACUAAUUGUUAAAAUGAUUAAUUUUGCAAUCUAA